AUGAGCACCCGCAAAGACGGAGAGGAAGAACUCACUUUUACCCGUAACAGACUGUUCGAGCAAUCGGAAGAUCCAACUACCUUCAAAAGCCAACUAGUCCACAAUAAUAUUCAAACCAAUCAUAACACCAUACAUUCGGAAACAACAGCUGUGAACCCAAAUUUAAACAUUGGCAGCAAACCUAUGCUGGUUGGUGACAUUCAGAGGUCUUCGGAGCCAUCUCACAACAAACACCUGAAUUCUCCAAUACAACAAUUAUCGAAUUUUGACCAGCUAACUUGCCGUUUCUUUUCUAACAGCUCCAUCAUGCCCAUCUUAUCAGCACAUAACAUUCAAAAUCAAGUAUCGGAUCCUUUCACAACGGCACCCCAACAUUGUGCGGAGAGUAACAUGUCGGAAACCAAACUACAACAACCUCACGGACUAAACGAAUCAGCCAAUACUCGGCAACAACAAAUUAAUAUUACAUGCAAGAAAGAGCCAAUAGUGGAGGAAAUUUUACUCUUGUCCGAUGAAGAUAUGAACCAUACAUUUGCCACGCAAGCCGAUAUUACGGAGCAAGUAAAUUCAGGAACACUGCCCCACACAAAAGAAUCUUCAGCAGGCAGCAUGGAAAAAAAUCUUCAAAACAGUGCAAAUCAAGAAACAUCAAUGGUUGAGGAAAUUUUGAGACACCCCAUUUCAUGUGAAAGGUGUAGACAAAGGCACACUAAAUGUGACAAAAUUCUACCUGUCUGCACCUAUUGCAAGUCCAAUGAUUUGCAAUGCAUUUAUUCGACACCAAAGAAAUUGAGGAAAAAUUAUAUUUCAGAAAGUGUAGAUUUAAAUCAUUUAGAUGAUGGCGAUGUGAAUAGCUCGCUGAUGGCUCUUCCCACACCCAUUCAAUCCUCAUCAACAACACAUGGACAUCCUCAAUCAAAGUUUAAAGUCUACAAAUUUAGUUUACAUGGCAAAAAAUCAAGACAGAAAAAACAGAAAAUCAAUGCCAUCUCAGGAUCCAUAACAAGUACAACAGCUUCCAGUCGUGUCAGUAGUGGUAACAACAGUGAAAGCGUUACAAGCAAUCCAAGUCCAACCCAUUUGGAAAAAGUUGAUAGGUCUCAUUUAUCAUCGUUGUCAGUGAAGUUUUCUGAUUCUGAUAUUCACAUGCUUUUGAAGAGUUUGAGGACAGGGAUUUACGAAUACUAUUCAUGCUAUAUUGCCUUUGGAACAACAUUUAUAUCACUUGAAACGAUCGAGAAUGUUUUUUCUCAAAAUAGGGAUAAUGGCAUGCCCUUUCGAAUGAUAUUAUAUCCCGAUGAUGUCAUGGCUUUAUUGUAUGCCAUUCAUGCAUUGAACUGUUUUACCUUUCAGAAGACCGAAAUUUCAACGAGUAGCUUUCAAAGGUGUCUUGAAUUGUUGCAAUAUGACUCUUCAUCGAUUGAGAACAUUUUAUACUCCACUGGGUUAUUCACAGGGUUGGAAUCGAGUGUCAAUUUGUUGUGUUUAUCAGAUUCCGCCACUCAAGUACCAUCCAUGUAUUUUACUAAUACGAAUAGAGAUGAAUCAUCUUUAUUUCUUAUUGGCACCAGACUUAUUCUAGCUCAAUAUAGCCUGUGCUUGGGAAAGGUGGAAAUUGCUUCUUUUUUUCUGAGUGAGGCGGAUCUCAUGUUAGGACGAAGGUUCAAAGUAUAUGCUGACAAGUCCUUUUUACCUAUAUUUAUUUAUGAGAAUGGAGACGUUCGAAUCAACUCUCUGUAUGAUGGCUUACAACCUGACGAGAUUUCUGUAUUGAGAUACAGACUCAUUUGUGGCGUAAAGCUUGACGAUAUUAGAUUUUUAAUUGAAAAAGGGAUAGAAUACAUAGAAUUUGAGAGAGUUGUAACAACCUUUAAAUCGUACACUAGAACAAGCUCUGUCCUUGGAGAUGAUAAGAAAUUUUUAUUUAAAUCUUUUGUAAAUAGAUACAUUUUUGGCACGUACUUAUUUAUAACAGGAACUGUAGCAUCAGAAAUACUAGAGCUGCUUUCUGCGCCAAUUGUGCUAUCAGAUACCUCCCCUUUUUCCAUUAUGAGUAUAUUAGAUUUUCAAAAUACCCAACUUGAGCGACAAACUUUAACCAAAUUUCCACAAACUACUCCUGAAAGUUUGCGGCUAAUAGAGCAGAGUGAAGUGAGUACCCACACCAUUACUGAAGUGCAUGAUUAUUACAAACUUCUAGGAAUAUUUCGAACCAUUUUUAUGGCGAGUUAUAGCAUGCUCGUUUUACAUGAGACAGUGCUAAAUUCCACAAACCCUCUGAUUUUGAAUCCAAUCAACGUUACUCAACCCUCGAAAAUUACUCCAGAGCAAAUAGCAAGGUUAGAAAAUUAUCGUAAUGGAUUCGCAGAUCGAUUAAGCGAUCUUUUUGCCUCACUUCCAGAUUAUACCAUACAGUAUAUAAGCUUGCUCGUAAUGGCAGUAUUUGUAUCGUGCAAGGUUCAUAUUGACAUGCUGAAACAGUUCGAAAUCAAGUCAGAGUUGCAACCGGACUCAAUAUUGUUAAGGCGAACAAAGAGCGACCUUCGUGUGCUCAAAAUUUUACAUACCAAAUUCCCUGAACUAUUUCGAACGAAACCAAUCAAGGAUUUUCUGACAGAAUCGGAGAAAAUUGCCAAGCUCUUUGACGCCACAACCGUUUGA